GGCGUCGCUGAGAGGAUCUGAGCUCGUGGCGGAGGGGCGGAGCUAUGACCGCGCCGCUCCACCCCGCCCCGGUGCUGCCUGAGCCCGGCUGGGGCGGAGUCAGCUUCAGCCUCAGCCUCGCGCUCCUUCCUUGAGCCGCGCCGAGGGGGCGCGGCCUCGUGCGGUUCUCACCGCCCCUCGCGGAGCCGGUCCGGGUGCGGCGGUCGCUGCGUGCGCUCGGUCCGCGAGGAGCGCUGCAAUGAAGGCGGGCGUGGUUCACUGCCGCUGUUCCAGAUGCUUCUGUUUCCCUUCCAAGCGAAGGCUAAGGAAACGGCCCCGCGUCCUGACGUUGCUAAGUCUGCCUGAGGAUGUUCUGCUUCAUGUUGUGAAAGGCCUUCCUGCUGAGGACCUCCUCUCACUCAGAGCGGUGCACUCCCAUCUUAAAUACCUCGUGGAUGAUCAUGCUAGUGUUUGGGCAUGUGCAAGUUUUGAAGACGUAUGGCCUUCUGUGAAAACUCUGAAGGUGUUUGAAAGAGCUGCUGAAAGGGGCAACUUUGAAGCUGCUGUGAAGCUGGGAAUAGCGUACCUGUACAAUGAAGGCUUGUCCAUCUCCGAUGAGGGCCGUGCAGAAGUGAAUGGAUUAAAGGCAUCUCAUUUCUUCAGUCUUGCAGAGCGGCUGAAUGUGUGUGCAGCCCCAUUCAUCUGGCUUUUUAUUCGUCCUCCCUGGUCCUUGACUGGAAGCUGUUGUAAAGCUGUGGUCUAUGAGAGUCUUAAAGCAGAGUGUCAGCUGGACAAAGCUCAGAAAGGAUCUAUUCUGUACUGCUUGGCUAAGGUCUUGAGUCUCUUUGAGGAUGAAGAAAAAAGAAAAGAGUCCCUUGAAAUGUUUGAAGAGUCUUCAAAGCAGGGUUGUUUAAAUAGUUCCUACCUCCUUUGGGAAAAUAACAGAAAGGUUGCUAUGUUAGACCCUGGCAGAUACCUCCAAAGUCUCAGGAAGCUACGGGACUAUGCAGCAAAGGGAUGCUGGGAUGCACAGAUAGCUUUAGCCAAAGCUUGUGGAAAUGGAAACCAACUAGGAUUAGAAGCAAAAUCUUCCAGUGAAAUGGUGGCUCAGAUGUUUCAAGCCUCCCGUCCUAUCAGCAAGCAAAAUAUCUUCACUGUGCAAAAGAAAAUAAAUGAAACAAUGAGGUACAUCCUGGUUGACUGGCUGGUGGAAGUGGCUACCAUGAAAGACUUUUCUUGCCUAUGCCUUCACAUGACAGUGGGGUGUGUGGACCGUUACUUGAAGCUGAGACCUGUACCCCGGUAUCAACUCCAACUCCUGGGAAUAGCCUGCAUGGUCAUUUGCACACGUUUUAUCAGCAAAGAAAUCUUGACAAUACGGGAGGCUGUAUGGCUAACGGACAAUACAUACAAAUAUGAAGACCUGGUCAGAAUGAUGGGCGAGAUCAUCUCUGCCCUAGAGGGAAAGAUAAGGAUACCUACUGUUGUGGACUACAAAGAAGUACUGUCAAACAUAGUCUCACUGGAGAGAAGAACUCUUCACCUUUACAGCUUCAUUUGUGAGCUGUCGCUCUUAAACACAAGCCUUUUUGUGUACUCUCCAGCUCGGCUGGCUGCUGCAGCACUGCUGCUGGCUAAGAUACUGCAUGGCCACGCACAUCCCUGGACCAGCCAGCUGUCUGAGUGCACUGGGUUCUCUCUCGAAGACCUGUUGCCAUGUGUGUUACACCUUCAUCAAAAAUGUUUCCAUGAUGAGGUCCCUAAGGAUUAUAGGCAGGUGUCUUUAACUGCAGUGAGACAAAGAUUUGAAGAUGAGCGUUACGAUGAAGUAGGCAAAGAAAAGGUGAUGAGCUACAGCCAGCUCUGUUCACUGCUGGGUGUGAAGCAGGAGGACCCAAAGCCCAGUCCCUUGCACACAAAUGUCAUAGAAAUUAAAGCUUUCUUUAGCUCUCCCUCUGGAAAGAGAUCUAAGAGGAGGAGGGAAGACAGCACUCAGGAUGACAGGGGCAGCUUAGUGACUACACCUACAGCUGAGCUAUCCACCCAGGAAGAAAGUCUUCUGGACAGCUUUCUGGACUGGAGUUUAGAUUCCUGCUCUGGUUAUGAAGGUGAUCGGGAAAGUGAAGGCGAGAGGGAUGGAGAUGUCACAAGUCCCAGUGGAAUCUUGGAUGUGACUGUGGUUUACAUGGAUCCAGCAGAGCACUGCUGUCAGGACUCCAGUGAUGAAGACAGCUUAUCUGUAGAGUGGCCUGGGCACGCAGCACCACCGAGGAAGGCCAGGACACCAGAUGAAACUUGCAGAGUUUCAGCCUGCACUGCCUCAAGAAAUCCCAACUGGGAAGGGAGCUCGGGCUACUCCUCCAUCAGUGGUGCAAGUCCUACAUCUUCUGUGGAAGGCAGCUGUGGAGUACCUCUCAAACCUACCUCAGCACUGUCUUGUGGCAGUACCAUGAACAAGGAGCAGUGCCUUCCUCACUACCUGGAAUCAUGUUUACAGUCGGUGCGGGCUAGAGCUAGUGAUAGGAAUUCCAACCGAAGGCAAGUCAAGCGCAAAAACUUAGCAGAACAUAGUGAAGAAAGGGUGAACUUAGGCUUCUUAAGCCUCUGAUUUCAUGCUUCUCUAGGUUUCCUGGAAACAGUGUUUAUGUCAUAGUUGUACAGGAAUGAUAGUGAAUAAUUGUCAAUACCUCCAAAAAGAGCCCUUUCCCUUAAUGUUGCCUAUUCCUGCCACAUUCUCUAAGCCUGUCAUUUAAGUCUGAAUCUCACUUCUGGCCUGUUUCCAUCCUUGAUGACUGCUUUUUUUGAAGUGCUCCCUAUUUUCUGGUUCUCUCCAAGUUUUGUACACUGAGAGGGACCUUAACUUCAUAGCUUAUGUCAUCCCUCACCAAUUAUUCCUUGAACAUCUCCCUUGAUUCACUGUGAGGCCUGGCGCUAUGAAAGAAAGGAAUUUACUUUGGUCACCAAGUUACUGGAUGUAACACUAUGCUUGAAUUUGACAGACUUUUUGCGGUUAUACUGCAUUUUAAUUCUAGCCAGGUACUGUUGCAAGUCAGCUGGUGCUUCCCUCUUCUACAUAGAUAUCUUUUGCUGCACUGAUUUAAGUUUUUUUUAUAGAUACAGUCAAGAGGUAAAUGAAGGCUCAUUGCAGCUCUGAGCUUUUUUUUAACCUACCUCUCAUGGUUUUAAAAACCCUCUUUGCCUCAGGCCUUAGUUGCAGUGUGUUCCUUUCCCUGAAACAUCAUCCUUCUGUGCCUUAAUAUAAUGCCAUCUGUGAACUGUUAGUCCAUGCUGCAUCAGUGUGGUUGCCUGUCUUCCUCACUAUUUUCAUGAACGUGGCCUUCAGUAAAGCACACCUCACUUGAACACUAGAAGCAGGCAGCAAUGCAGUAAGGGCAAACUGCCUUAAAGAAAGCCCUAACUUAAGCCUUGCUACUGCAUCCUAGUCCACAAGGGUAGCAUAUGCUUUUCUUAUCAAAAUUGCAAUCUUCUGUACUGUAUCAGUAGGGCUUUGAAGGAACUUCCUACACUGACCUCAGCCUAGCCAUCCUGGGUUAAAGCUCCUUCAGCCAGUCUACAGUGGAAAAUAGCCUUCUUCUUAUGUGUUGGUAUUUUAAUGUUCACUAUCUGUUUUUAAGACUUCCAUGAGUUGUCACUGAAUUUAACACUGGAACUGGACUCCACAACUUUUCCUUUGUCUAGAAGUUACUGUGGCAGGUGGCAACAGUUCAGAUAGGAUGUAGUGACUUUUUUUUAUAUAAAAUUUGUUUUUACAUCUAUAAA